GAUUAAUUUAAUUAGUACGAUAUUCGAUUCAGUAAAUGUAUUAUACUGAUUUUCAAUUAUUUAAGUAGAAAAAUAUUGUUAUAAAUAUUACGAAAAUCAAUAAUUCAAGUUACAAUCAUGGACGAGAAGUUAACAAACGAAGAAUCUAAUAAUUUGAAUUUGUGGAUGAUACGACCAUGUGAGAUAUACAAUGAUGAAUAUAAUGAGUGUACUUCAAUAUUAUCAAGAUUUCAUCAGAGGUUUAUUUAUGGAAGUACCAUAGACUGCAAUAAUUGGCAUGGCGACUAUCUUAAUUGUUUGAAAUGGAAAAAGGACAAUGAUUUACAAGCCGCAAAAAGUUUGGUUCAAAGUGAAACAAUCAGAAGAAACAAUAGACUGAAAACUUUCUAUGCAAAUAAUGUAUGGGAAAUUAGAAAAAGUCCUCCAGAAAAUUGGAAUGAACCGUUGCCAGAAUAUAUAGCACAGCGUCAAUCUAAUUCUACAUUUAAGAAGACAUUAAAUGAAAUUAAUUUAGAAGCAGAUAAAUCUUUUUGUUCAAUAAUGUAAAAUUGAUAUACAAUUAUUUCUAGAUUGUUGCUUAAUGUAAUAAAGUGGUUUUGUUGUUUA